GUUUGAGCUUCUCUUCUGUCCAGCAGGUGGCGGCAGCAGGCUGCAUUUUACCGCCGUUACAACAGGAAGCAGUUGCGUCGGUAGCUUCCGGUUAGCCCAGUUAGCUCGUGCUUGUCGCUGUGUCCAGGUGUGUUCCGGUUCUGUUCAGCAACAAUGUGUUCCGUUGAGCCUCUGAGAGAGUUUAUCAGAGAGAGACUAACUGCUGCUGCUGAAGAAAUCUUCACCCAGCUGGAGAAAACCAUCGUCCGGUACGAGGAGGAGAUCGACCGGCAGCGGAGACUGCUGGACCUCACCUGGAGACCCCGGGUCAGCUUACAGCGAGCAGAACUCUCAGGUCAGGAGAAGGACGUCCAGACGGGUCGGCAGGAUUCUGACUUCAGUUUGGACCAAGAGAAACCAGAACAAUGGCAGAUGACGACAGAAAGAGAGGAAUCAGACCCACCACAGAUGACACUUGUUCUGGAGGAACCAGAACUUCUGCAGUUGAAGGAGGAAGACGGUGAAAUCUGGAUCAGUCAGGUUGAAGAGCAGCUUGUUCUGAAUCAGCAGACUGACACAGACCAGCGCUCGUCUCAGAGCUAUCAUGUAGCCGAGAACCGAAACCAAAACCAAAGCGAGGAUGGAGACUCCGGGCCAAGCAGAGCUGAAGGGUGGAAGCAGAGUACCAGAGGCAGAGCUAAAGGAAAGAGGCACAGAGUUGGGAAUCGAGCUUUUUGCCAAAUUUGUGGUAAAAGUUUCAACCAGUUUUAUUUAUAUAAUCAUAUAAGAACUCACACAGGUGAGAAGCGUUUCUCCUGUAAGAUCUGUGGGAAAGGUUUCAUUCAAAGCUACCAGUACACUGUUCACAUGAGAACUCACACAGGGGAGAGGCCUUUCUCGUGUCACAUCUGCGGGAAACGUUUUGUUCAGAAGAAUAACGUAGUAACUCACAUGAAGGUUCACGUAGGUGAGAAGGGCUUUGCGUGUGAGGUCUGUGGUGUGUGUUUCUCUCACAGUGCUGACCUGACUGGCCACAUGGCCGCCCACUCACAGCAGAAACCUUCAACGUUUCAGCCACCGGAAUGAAGCUUCAGCCAUUUCUAAUCAGAUCUGAUUACUUUUAAAUGCUUGAAGUUAAAAUGAAGAAACUUUCCUGUUACAAGAGUAAAACUCCUGUGUUGAACUUUAACAUAUGAAAUUCAUGUACUUUUUAUUUCAGGGCAACAAAAACAAUGUUUGUCUGAAAACAAAGAAAUGAAACGACAAACUGCAUGAAAUUAAUCUGAAUUUUAAAAGACGUCCUUUGAAACCAAAGAUCAAAGUUUGAUUUGUGUUUGCAGAGGAACGGUCUGUUUCUGAUCAUGUGAUGCAGUGAAGGAUUGUGGGUCGUUAACUGACAGGAACAUGGACUUUAAGCAGUUUGGGAAAAACCCUUUAGAGAUAAUUGUUUUCUUUAUAAUUGUGUAAGUUUAUUUCUGGAUUUAAAAUCCUAAUUUACCAAAUGAGAAUGAUGGAAUUCCACUUCAUACGUUACUAAAACACUUUUCAUAAAGUUUUGUUCAGUGGAUUAAUUUGUUUUCCAUUAAAAUUAUGACCUGAUGAUGGGAGUAUUUUAAUAUGUAAAUAAUAUCAGAGAUAAUUUCUCGGCUUCAGUCUGAACUGUAAAAAGAAUCAUUUCAGUCAUGAAUCUCUGACUGCAUGCAGAAUAACAGAUUAUUCCUCUGGUUUUAAUCUGAAGCUCUUAUUUUGAAGGUCUGUUCAUCUGGAAGAUUUCACUGGUUUGUUUAGGUUUUUUUUUUACAAAGUUUUUCUACUUUGUUCUGUAGUUUUAGAAAAAGUUCCUGAAGUUUCUCAUGUAUCUUCAUGUGUGUUUGUGUUUAACAGAUUUAUUGUACUGUAAAGAUUUGAUCUGUUUCUGUUUUGGUUGAUUUAACUAGUUUAAUCCCUGGUUUAAUAAAUCACUCAGGUUUAUGAAGUUAACUGAUAGAUUCACACUUUGAUUAAAAAUACAGAAUAAAGUAGUAAAGAGCAGUAAUGUUCAGUAUUCAGUUUGUUUCAUGUAUUCAAAGAAACUAAAGUUGAGUUUGAGUUUCAUCAGCAUAGAAUUUUCUCCUUGUAUUUAUUUUUAUUUUUAGCUUCAUAAAAAGCACCUAAAGUUUGUCAUUUUAAUGUAUUUAAAAUGUUUCCUGGUUUAUCGUGUCCCUGGAUCCCACAGCUGCUUUGGUUGGAUUUCUCUGAUGAUUAAAGAGAACAUGAAGCA